GCUGUCCGUGGUGCUGAAUGCACAGCGGCAGCGCUGCCCUGAAGAGGAUGCUCCCAGCCCAGACCACAGAUCGAGGAGGCAGCAGCAGCUCUACAGUCUCCUGCCUUCAGUCAGUGGAGUCAGUACAGUCAGUAGUAUGUAGUCGUGGCGGCGGACCGAAACUAAAAGCCCCUCGUCUCUGUAAGUGAGUAAAUUCAGACAGCAAACCCGGGCUGAAGUCACGAGAGGAGCGCUCUGUGUGUGUAGUCGGUGAUCGGCGGAGCUCUCAGUGUUUCAGUCCUCCAGAGGAAAAGUGUUGAUCCCAAGGACGUUCACCACUAAAAGCUUGAGAAACGAAAAACGGGGAAAAAACGUGAUGAAUGCGAUCAGAGAUUAUUUUCCUCUCCUUCUUGUUCUGGUGGCGGUCGUGACGGACAUGGGCGCUAAAGCAGCCUCUGCCUCUGAAAAUGGUCUAUCUAUCACCCCGGGGGGGCCUCCAGAGAGCGGGGCCAGCCUGUACCCCACCACCCAGGACACAGGCAGGAGGCUCCCCAUGGUCACUACUGCCCCACCUGUCAACAUCCCGAACCACCACCCCCUCUACAGGAAUCCCCCCCAACACCGAGCCCUGCUUGGCCCUCACGGUCAGCUAAAUUACUUUGAAGACAGUGGAGGAUCCAGCUCACACCCCAGCUCUCAUCCCACCUUCUCCACCCUGCCAUCCAGGACUCCACUGGAUAACGGUGAUAAAAGAGCUUCAGAUGAGAUCGCUGUAAGCUCCAACAUGCUAACAACCCUUGUAACGCACACAUUAGUAGCCACUUCUCACUCCAACACCCCCGUUCCAGUCACCAGUGUGAUUUUAAAGGAUCCAGAACAUGCUCCAAUCAUCCCCUCUGCUGAUAUUGCUGCAAGGAAGAAAUAUGAAGUGAGGUCAGAUCAGCCUGGACUGAAGCAGAAUGCGAGGCUCGGCAGUGAUGAAGAGGAGACAACCACCUCCACCAUUACCACCACCACCAUCAUCACCACCAUACAGAGUCCAGUUCCCUGCCAGCUGAACCUGACUGAGCCAGAAGGAUACAUAGAGGCUCCACCACAGUCCAGCUCUGCUUUUCACUCCACUAUGGACUGCAGCUACAUUAUCACUGUCUAUAUGAGCUUUGGAGUGGAGGUCCAGGUGAUGAAUGUGAAUCUAUCUGAGGGAGACAAGGUGGUGUUUGAAGAUGUGGGACACAGGGAGAACACCAUGUUGGCCAAUGAGUCCAUUUUGAUAAGGGGGUUGGUAGUACGAAGCCACAGCAAUCAGAUCUCUAUCCGCUUCCACAGCCAGAGGUCUCAGUUUGGAUCAGUCCUGCUAAGAUACCAAGCCUUUGUGUUGAGCUGUGUUUUCCCCCAACGGCCUCUCAACGGUGAUGUAUCAGUGAGCAGUCUUCAUUCUGGAGGGGAGGCUUUCUUCUCCUGUCUGAAUGGCUACCAGCUGCAAGGCCCCAGUGUGCUGACCUGCCGCAAUGCUAGCACUCCCUACUGGAGUGGCAAGGAACCACACUGCCUAGCUGCCUGUGGUGGUUUGAUCAGGAACGUCACAGUCGGUCGGAUCGUCUCUCCUGGUUUUCCCAGCAACUACAGCAACAACUUGACCUGCCACUGGCUGCUGGAGGCCCCUGUGGGCCAGAGGUUGCACAUCCACUUUGAGAAGGUGGCGCUCACUGAGGAUGAUGAUCGGCUGCUGAUCAAGAAUGGUAACAGCAUAGAUGCAGCUGCCCUGUAUGAUUCAUAUGAGGUGGAGUAUCUGCCCAAUGAAGGUCUACUCAGCACAUCCAGGCAUCUUUUCAUUGAGCUGACUACAGACACUACAGGCACAUCCACUGGCAUUGCCAUUAGGUACCAAGCCUUUGCAGCGGGCCACUGCUACGAACCCUUCGUGAAGUAUGGUAACCUGACCAGUAGCGACAACACUUGGGCAGUGGGAGCUGUGGUGGAGUUUGCCUGUGACCCUGGCUAUACUCUGGAACAGGGAUCUAUCACCAUUGAAUGCAUGGACCCUAACAAUCCCCAGUGGAAUGAGACCGAGCCUGCCUGCAGAGCUGUGUGUAGUGGCGAGAUCACAGAUUCAGCUGGAGUGGUGCUGUCGCCUAACUGGCCUGAAGCCUACGAUAAAGGCCAGGACUGUAUCUGGGGAGUCCACGUUGAGGAAGACAAGAGGAUCAUGCUGGACAUUCAAGUGUUGAACAUUGGGAAGAAUGACCUGUUGACCUUUUAUGAUGGCGAUGACCUUACAGCUAAAGUUCUGGGUCAGUAUGGAGGAUCAAAGUCCCGAUUUAAGCUCUACACCUCCACCGCAGAUGUCACCAUCCAGUUCCAGUCUGACCCGGCCACCAAUGUCUAUGGCUACGGCAACGGCUUCAUAGUGCACUUCUUUGAAGUAGCUCGUAAUGACACCUGCCCCGAGCUUCCAGAGAUCUCUAACGGCUGGAAGAGUACAUCUCACCCCGAGCUGGUUCAGGGCACCGUGGUGACCUACCAGUGUUAUCCUGGUUAUCAGGUGGCGGGCGCCGAGCUGCUCAUGUGCCAAUGGGACCUCACCUGGAGCAGCGACCUACCAAGCUGUGAGAGAGUGGUGUCUUGCGCUGACCCUGGAAAGGUGGAGCACAGCAGGCGGGUGCUGUCAGGUCCCCAUUUCACUGUGGGUUCAACCAUCCAGUACAUCUGCAACAAGGGCUUCAUUCUGUCUGGAAACAGCCUGCUCACCUGCUUCAACCGAGGCUCCUCAGGCCCCAAGUGGAACCAGAAGCUGCCUAGAUGCCUGCCUGAGACCUUUGAGCCCUGCAGUCACCCAGGAACCCCCACCUAUGGGAUCCCCAGCUCCAACAAGCUCCAUUUCCAGGCUGGAGAGACCCUCCACUACUCCUGCCUGAGCGGCCACCAGCUGCUGGGUGAGCCUGUUCUCCACUGUGUCCCUGGACACCCAUCCCAGUGGAGUGGGCUGCCACCUGUCUGCAAAGCCCACCCGGCAGAAUAUGAUGAGCACAAAUUAGAUGUGUCUACUGCAGACCUAAGAAUGGAGGGGGUAGUAGCAUUUGCUGUCUUCAUCCCCAUCAUCCUCCUCCUCAUCCUCAUCAUUGGGAUCUACCUCUACUUCUCAAAGGUUCAGAGGAAGUCACUACGGCUCUCCCUGUCCUCCAACUUACCAUAUGAAAACAUCACUGAAGAAUCUACGUUUGACAACUCCAUUUAUGAGACAACGAACAAUGAGGAAACAAGAGAAUACGAGGUUUCGAUCUGAAGACGCCAGUGUGUGUGCUUCAGUAUGGACAAAUAAUAAGCCUGCUGGCCUUUUCAACGUCUGUCACACUCACACCUUUGGUGACUCCCUUGACACCUCCACCCUGUUCUCUGUACACUGAAUAUGAGCCUCCCUUUAUUUAACCAACAGAGGACACCACACCACCCCUGGAAAGGCUGGGCCACCGGAUUAUUUUUCUAGCUCUUCAACAGUAUCGGUGCAGCAGCAGCAGUUUGUACAGUUUUUAAUCCUGUGCUCACAUCCUGAGGACUUUCAGUGCAAAGUACCAUCUCAGAAAGCAGAGGGAAUCAAUGCGAAGCUAGUGCCAUUAAGUGCAUAUAACCACAGAUGUUAUGUCUUGUUAUGUACAUUAUAUGCUAUAUGUCUUCUGCCACCAUUUAAAGAACAAUGCUUAUGGAUUUAUGGGAUGUCUAUUAAUAGUAAGAUCUUACAAUUGAAAGUCACAGAAAAACAGCAACAUUUGCUUUUAUCAGAGUAUGACCAAAAAUGUUGCUCUUUGAAUUGACGCAACCUUCUGAGAUCAGAAAUCAGAAUGUGCCUUAAAUAAAAGGCCCUUGAAGGAAUAUCUUUCGUUCUGAGAGUGAGAUGAGAAGAUUGCUAUUAUUCUCAUGUCUGUGUGUUAAGUAUGCAGCUGUACUUGGUUAGCCUAGCUUCCCCCUAGCUGGGGGAAAGAGUGGGUCAAUGCUAUUACAGCGCACAAGUUCAUUUACACAAAAUUGUAUCCUACAGAUGACUAAAGCCUGUUUCUAACUGACACUUGGGAAAACUGGCCUCUUAAUGCACAGUACAGAUUCGAUAAUGAAUAAAAGAAACAUUAAUUCACAAACACAAUCAGGAGACGGUUAAAGUUUUAUGUUCACAUCAAAAGUAUCCGUAGUAGACUACAUGUAUCAAACACAUGACUUACAAACUCCGUUGUAUAUGUCAGCAUACACAAAUUAUUUCCAUACUUCCUUAUUGUUUAAAACCAAGGCCAAAUGUUUAUUAUACAACAUGAUCUAAAACUCAGUACCAGAGCUGCAGAGGAUAAACAAUCACAGUCUCAUCUAUUCAGGUAACCUGGCCCUGACUUUUCUGCGUGUAAACAACCGCAACUAAACAACUACUGUACUUCAGUGGACUGACUAACACACGCAGCUACAUAAGGCCAGGAAGGCACAAUAAGCCAUAUAACCACAUCAAAAAUUGCACACAUAGCUACAUGGGCAGUUCAGUCAACAGUAAAGAGAGAGAGAGAGAGAGAAGGGGUGUGCAUUUCACUCACUCUACUUGAAGAGGAAGGCCAUUCUCCUGUCUUUCAUGGUGGCGAAGUGGUCAAUAACCAUCUUGCAGAAUUACCCAUUGGCCUUUAGGUCCUCCACAACAGCAGAGUAAAUGGAUAUUUUGGCUAGGUUGACAAGUCUGUCCUGUCCACACGUGUUCCUCAGAGUACCAGCUCUCCUGGUGGCUUGUGAAACAACUUGGUGUACAGCGUAAGUAGCUCAUUCCUUAACUGCUGCUCAUCAAAGAAUGGAUAUAUCUUGAUCAGCUGAGACAACUCACUGCUGGUAAAUGCAGCAGGCUUGCAGAAACAAUCAGAACAGAACAAUCUGGAAGUAAAGAUGUCGGAAAGAUACAACCCAAUUCAAUUCAAUUAUAUUUAUAUAGCGCCAAUUCAUAACAGAAGUUAUCUCAUUGCACUUUUCCUAUAGAGCAGGUCUAGACCGUACUCUUUAUAAUAUUAUUUACAGAGACCCAACA